AUGUCCACAACAACUCUCGAAUCGGGCGGUGUGCGAGUGGCCGUAGAGGGAUGCGGACAUGGCACGCUCAACGCCAUCUACGCCGCCGUUGAACGGUCCUGCAAAGAACGGAAAUGGGAUACCGUUGAUCUCCUCAUUAUUGGCGGAGAUUUCCAGUCGGUCCGUAACGCGCAAGACUUGGCUGUCAUGGCGUGUCCUGUCAAGUACCGAGAGCUGGGCGACUUUCCUGACUACUAUUCCGGCCUUCGAAAGGCGCCCUAUGUCACCAUUUUCAUCGGCGGAAAUCACGAGGCCAGCUCUCAUCUCUGGGAACUCUAUUACGGCGGCUGGGUGGCGCCUAAUAUUUACUACAUGGGCGCCGCUAACGUCUUGCGCUUCGGCCCCUUACGCAUCGCCGGCAUGUCUGGUAUCUGGAAGGGCUUUGACUAUAGAAAACCCCAUUUUGAACGCCUUCCAUUCAAUGACAGUGACGUGAGGUCAUUGUACCACGUCCGAGAGAUUGACAUUCGCAAGCUCCUACUACUGCGCACCCAGGUUGAUAUUGGCCUAAGUCAUGACUGGCCUAGAGGCAUCGAGAAACACGGCGACUCAGGACGCUUGUUUAGUAAAAAACCAGAUUUUCGCCAGGAAUCCAUCGAUGGAACGCUGGGAAAUCUUGCUGCAGGAUAUGUCCUCGAUCGCCUGCGCCCACCAUACUGGUUUUCUGCCCACCUACACGUCAAGUUUGCUGCCCUGAAAAGCUUCAGCGCGCAGUCAGAAUCUGUUUUGAAACAGACUGAAGAGCCAAAACCUUACAAUCCAGUUCAAGAACCCCUGAAAGAGGCUAAUCCAGACGAAAUCGACUUGGACCUCGAGGAUGACGAUGGCGUGCCUGUCGAGCCUGACAAUGGCAAAGCCCCAGAAACAGAGGGGCAGGACGGCUCGAAACUUGAGCAAACAGAAACUAACAAAGUAUCUGAUGAAUUAUUGGCCAAGCUGCCAGCCUCUUUCCAGAAACCACCACCGCCCCCCAAAAGCACCCCCGGGCAACCUGUUCCUCCAGGCAUCACAAACACAGAGCUUCGCUUCCUCGCUCUGGACAAGUGUCUUCCGGGCAGACGAUUUCUUCAAUUGUGUGAAGUCCAACCCUUUGACAAAGAACAGUCUACCCGCCAUCCUCCUAGUGACUCAUACCCUCGCUACAAACUAGAAUACGACCCAGAAUGGCUCGCCAUCACUCGAGUAUUCCACAAUGGACUCGUCAUCGGCGAUCCCGACUCUCAGGUGGCCGCCGAUUUGGGUGAGGAUGAGUAUGUUCCCCUCAUAGACAAAGAGAGAUUAUGGGUAGAAGACAAUAUUGUCAAGACCGGCAAGCUCGCUGUUCCUGAGAACUUUUCUCAGACGGCGCCACCAUACGAGGAAGGCACUCCAGAAAUCGUACACGAUCAGCCGGAUGAAUAUACCAACCCGCAGACAGCAGAAUUCUGUCAACUUCUCGAUUUGACCAAUUUGUGGGAUGCCAGCGAGCAGGAUAGACAAGAACGGAAGAGCCGCGGGCCUGCACCCGUUGAGAGAGGUAACAGAGAGUUCCACGGGGGCGGUAGAAACCGCGGGGGCGGACGUGGCCGCGGCGGGCGAGGUGGAAGAGGCGGGCGAGGCGGACGAGGCGGACGAGGUGGCAGGAGAGGGCACGGUUUUCGUGGGACCUGA